AUUUAUUCAGUAAGCUGUAAAGAAAAGGAAAGGGCCCACAGCAAAAGUUUGGAUACCUUGCAGUUAACUGGGGGGCCCAAACUGCAUGCCAGUGAAACUCUACUUUGGCAGCUGAGCACUUCAUGUUAUCUGUGGACCAGGCCAUUGUGAAUGGCCAUAUCACUAUCUUCAGCGACGCACUUAUCCUGAUGUUUGGCUCUUACUACUGCAUGAACAUUUCUUAUCCAGUACCCCAAGCAGCAACCUUGUAAUUCUUGCAACGAUGUCUUAAGAUAAACCCCGACAAGGGAUGCAAAGUGGAGCGGAACGCGUCUAAAAAAACCUUGUGGUCAAUCCAAAGGUUCUGACAUUGAUCACCAAAAUUGCGGACUAUGAGUAGAGAGCAUAAAAAGUUCUUAUUCUUAUCCUGAGGAUAACAUAAUCUGGUGUUCAGUAGCACUGGUCUCUGGUUCAUGGUCAAUGUCAACAGCACGGGUGGCCCGCUUGAUAGGGGAAAAGUGAAAUAUAGGCUGCAAAUUAGGGAUGGGUACCGGUGUCCGGUGCCAUUGUGGAACCGGUUCUGACAUAAACGGUAGUAACCAGAACAAAAAGCAGCGCACAAUUCGGUGCUUCAUGUAGGUGCUUUUUUUCCCUGAGAAAUCUAGCCAGUCACUUCCUUUCCAAGGAUAGUAGGCGGGCCCAGGUACGUACGGGUUUUUUUUUAGAGCAGAGCUAAAAUGCCGAAGCUGAAGCGCUCGAGAGUGUGGCUGUACUUCACAGCAAAAGAUAUAAACUCAGCAGCCUGCAACAAAUACUUAAAGGUAAUAAUGUGCAAAGGAGGUAACACCUCAAAUCUAAUGAAACACAUGGCGUCGCAUGGCGUUUUUUUUAAAAGCCGAGAAAUGCACCGCAUUUGAUAAGUUGCAGCAAGACAUCACACCGAGCACAUCUACUGCGGGUGUGGUGCCUGUUCUCGGAGUUAGCAACAUCCAAGAACCCGAAGAGGAGAGUCCGGCCCCUAGCCCUGCCAGUGUAGCAGAAAUGAUAACUGAUGAUGAUGAUGGCAGCAGCACCCGUUCUUCUCUGGGUGAGUAUCUUAAUGUUGUUCUUGUGCAAUUUAAGUUGAGUAAGCUAACCACGUUAUUAAAUUAAUGCAUGUAAGGUGAACUAGCAAACACCGUCGUAGUUACAUGUGGCUGUCUUCUUGUUUGAUGGCAGAUACUCCCUUCACCCUGGCCAAAAAGGCUAAAAUGACCAAAGAAAAAGUGGACGAAAUUCAUAGGGCAGUGACAAAAUUUAUAGUCAAAGAUCUCCAUCCAUUUUCAACGGUGGAGUCACCAUCAUUCAGGGAGAUGUCCACUGCCCUUAAUCCAAGGUAUCAGCCCCCAUCGAGGGAUGAUCUAUCCAACACACUUGUACCUGCUUGGUAUUGCGUGGAGAAAAGCAACCUCAUCCAGAAUUUGGCACAGGUUAACAAGGUCGCUAUCACCUGUGAUGGAUGGACCAGUAUUGCUCAGGACCAUUUCCUCACAGUGACUGUUCACUACAUCUACAAAGGCAAAAUGAAGCAGAAUGUGCUUAGCACUGAAGCAGUUUAUGAGUCACAAACAGGUCCAGUUGUCGCUAAAGAAAUAUCAAGUGUUGUGGAGCAAUUUCACUUGGGAGGGAAAAUAAUUGCUGCCACUGUAGACAAUGCCUGCAACAUGGAUGUUGCUUUGAAAAAAUUGGACUUUUUAAAAGUGGGAUGCUUUGCUCAUACCCUCAACCUGGCCGCACAAAAGGUGUAUGACAUUCCUGCAGUUUCCAGCUGGUGUGCCAAAAUCCGUUCAGUUGUGGUGUGGCUCAAACGUUCAUCCUUGAGCAAAACUGUGCUCAGAGAAAAGCAGCGAAUCCUGAAUUUGCCACAGCAUAAUGUAAUUCUUGACGUUAAGACGCGCUGGAAUUCUCUCUUCCUAAUGGUGGAGAGAUUUAUGGAGCAGUUUGAUGCAAUCCAGGCAGCUGCUCUGGAUCUACGGCUGAGGAAGCCUAUUGAGAAGGACAAGCUAGAAAGGUUCACGCACACCGAUUUAAUGAAGGCAGAGGAGUUUAUUAAGUGCAUGCAAGUCCUGUACACGUCAACCAUGUGUGUGUCAAGUGACAAGUCACCCAUAUGCAGCCAAAUCAUCCCCAUCCUGGCGAAGCUGGAGGCACAUUUCAGACGAUGUGAUGAAGACAGUGUUUUCACCUCUUCAAUAAAAGAGAAAGUCUGGGGUAGUCUGCAGAAAAGAUAUCAGGAUGAAAACCUUCAGAAAUUUCUGAAGGAGGCCACGAUGAUGGACCCAUGUUUUAAAGGCAGGCUAGGUGGUGAGACAGCUACUGACAUCUGGGACAGGUUGGAGAAGGCAGCAGUUGCAAAUGCCACAGCAGCAGUUGCACAGCCUCCCACUGAGGACCCCAAAGCACACAGCGAGGUGGAUGAUGCUGACAUGGACAAGCCAGAAAAAUAUCUAAGUAAGGUCCAGAAGUCACCCUUAGAAAAGCUGUUUGAGGAUGAAGACAGAGAGCUUCAACAGGCUGCUUCUCAAGCGGGUAGAGUCCCCUCAAUCACAGAGCAGGUACAGAAGGAGCUUCAAAUAUACAAAAGACUGCCAGGAAUUACCUCUGGACAAGACCCUGUGGCCUGGUGGUGGAGUAAGAGGGAUACACUCCCCAAUUUAUCUGCCCUAUCAGAAAAAUACUUGUGUGUCCCAGCCUCAUCAACGCCUUCUGAAAGAGUUUUCUCUUGUGCUGGGCAUGCCAUCAGCCAAGAGCGAUGCCGUAUAGCUCCAGAAAAGGCUAAUAUGAUUAUCUUCUUGCAAAAAAACUGCUAAACAUCACAGGUUUCAUGACAAAGUUUGUGUUUUCAAUUGUUUAAGCACUGGUUCCAACCAAAGAAGUUAUGUUUUAUUGACAGAAAGGGCUAACUUUGUUAUCAUUUUGCUUAAAAAAAAUUACUGGGAAAAAUAAAAACAUAAGAGG